UUAUGCAACAUGAAUCUCAAGUUAUGCAACAAGAAUCUCCAGUUAUACAAGAUUUUCAAAUUACACAACAACACAAAGUUCAAGUCACACAAGAUAAAGAAUUUCAAAAUACACAAGUUAUACAAGAUAAUUCUUCGAUCAUGCAAGAAUUUAAUACUACUAUUAUACAAGUUAAAUCGCAAGUUUCAUGUCAAAAUAUUCAUAAAAAAAAACCAAAACUUACAUACAAAGAAGUUCAAGCAAAGCUGAACAAGCCAUUCUGA